ACAAAAAUCUAUUCAACAAACUCGACUAGUCAACGUAAUUAAGAAAAUUCAGUGAUAAGGAUAUUUUUCUAGCAAAAUUUGUGAAUUGUAAGCAAGUUGAGAAGCAAAAUGCUUUAAAAAGCUGCCUUGAAGCUACCUUUAUUCAAUCAUGUUGUUUAGUUGAAUCAAUAACAUAUGUAGUGGUUUCAUCAUACUGCAGAAAAACUAAGAUUGUGUUUUGUCUUUUCAAUAUUCUAAUAAACCAAUUCUAAAAUGGUUUUAGCUGAUUUAGGACGGAAGAUUACUUCCGCAUUAAAAUCUCUGAGCAAUGCUACAAUAAUCAACGAAGAUGUCUUGAAUUCUAUGCUGAAAGAAAUAUGUUUAGCCUUAUUGGAAGCUGAUGUAAACGUUGUACUUGUGAAACGAUUGCGUGAAAAUGUACGAUCUGUCAUCGAUUUCGAUGAAAUGGCCGGCGGAUUGAAUAAAAGACGCAUGAUCCAAAGUGCCGUGUUCAAAGAACUGAUAAAAUUGGUAGAUCCUGGCGUCAAAGCUUUUCAACCUGCCAAAAAUAGAUCGUCUGUGAUAAUGUUUGUUGGUUUACAAGGUUCUGGUAAAACCACUACUUGUACUAAAUUAGCUUAUUACUACCAGAAGAAAAACUGGAAAACAUCAUUAGUUUGUGCUGAUACAUUCCGUGCUGGUGCUUAUGAUCAAUUGAAACAAAAUGCUACAAAAGCCAGAAUACCUUUUUACGGAAGUUAUACAGAAGUAGAUCCAGUCGUUAUAGCCCAAGAUGGUGUCGAAAUGUUUAAAAAAGAAGGUUUCGAAAUCAUCAUUGUGGAUACCAGCGGUAGACAUAAGCAAGAAGCCUCAUUAUUCGAAGAGAUGUUACAAGUUUCCAAUGCAAUUAAACCCGAUAAUAUCGUAUUCGUUAUGGAUGCCACCAUUGGUCAAGCUUGCGAAGCUCAAGCUCGAGCUUUCAAAGAAAAAGUCGAUGUAGGAUCUGUAAUCAUAACGAAAUUAGAUGGCCACGCUAAAGGUGGUGGUGCUUUGAGUGCCGUCGCAGCCACAAAUAGUCCUAUAAUAUUUAUCGGUACCGGAGAACACAUAGACGAUUUUGAACCAUUCAAAACCAAACCAUUCGUGUCCAAAUUGUUAGGAAUGGGAGAUAUAGAAGGUCUAAUUGAUAAAGUUAACGAGCUUAAAUUGGACGACAACGAAGAACUUAUAGAGAAAAUAAAACACGGACAAUUCACUCUGAGAGAUAUGUACGAACAAUUCCAAAACAUCAUGAAAAUGGGACCCUUCUCUCAAAUUAUGAACAUGAUCCCCGGAUUCAGUCAAGAUUUCAUGUCAAAAGGCAGCGAACAAGAAUCUAUGGCUAGACUGAAGAAACUGAUGACCAUUAUGGACAGUAUGAACGACGGAGAACUAGAUCACAGAGACGGAGCUAAAAUAUUUUCUAAACAAACUGGCAGAUACACGAGAGUAGCUCAAGGUGCAGGUGUUACCGAAAAAGAAGUUAAAGAUUUGGUCGUUCAGUAUACAAAAUUCGCAGCAGUUGUUAAGAAGAUGGGAGGUAUUAAAGGAUUAUUCAAAGGAGGUGAUAUGAAUAAAAAUGUUAACCAAACACAGAUGGCUAAAUUGAAUCAACAAAUGGCUAGAAUGAUGGAUCCGCGAGUACUUCAUCAGAUGGGUGGAAUGUCUGGUUUGCAAAAUAUGAUGAGACAACUGCAGCAAGGAGCGACUGGUGGGCUUGGAAAUUUAAUGAGUGGUUUAGGAGGAAAAUAAUGCCGCAUUGUAGUUCUAUUCGCUAACCAAGAGCAUCUCUGGUCCCUCGAUACACCAUGAAGUUCUACUUUUUUCUAUGAUCGAUUUUAUGCAAAAAUUUCUAUUAUUUAUUACGUAUUUUCUUUCCUAAAUUUUUAGGUGCGAGGAUAAAUUAAUUUAUUUAUCGUUAAAUUCAAACUGAUUCGGUUCAACAAAAAUUGGUCUGAAAUCAACUUUACGGGUUUUCUUUGCUCUUCGAGAUUACGCUUAUUUUAUUGUUUUUUUUCGUCGAAUUAUUUUUACAAAACUCAGUUUCAUAUUUAUUUUUGUUGCAUAGCUUACUUUGAAAUUUCCCACAAACCAAUGUCUUUAUUUGUACAAUAUAAUGUCUCUUAUAUUGAAUUCACGUGUUUUUUUUUCUUUUCUUUGCGUAGGUAUUUAAAAAUGAUAGUUUUUGUAUACUGAAUUUUUUAACCGUUUGUAACGAUUGUUGAACAUUUUUCUAUCAUCUUAACGUAUGCAACGUUCGAUGCAAUUUUAUUACUAUCGAGCAUCUUUUUUGCCAAGUGUAGUUAUUGUAUGUUAGAAAAAUGAUGUAUAUUAAUAAUAGUAUUACUUCGUUUUGUAAAUUUGUAUAAUUUUGUCCGCUGUUUGUUGAUAUUCUUUGAAAAAUUAUUGAAAAUCUAAAUAUAAUAAUUUGUUUGUA